AACCAAAGCGUAUCUAACGGUACCAUCUCGCAUCUUGCGACCGGACGAGCAUGACGCCGGACUCGAAGCGGGCCAAGGCCGCGCCGCCUUCCGUACUGGUACCCGAGGCGCUCAAUAUCAUCGCGCGCUUCGUGCAGGACCAGCGCACGCUCGACGCCUUCCUCGCCGCGAUGCCCACGCCCAUGCUGUCGCCGGCGCUCGUCGCCUUGCAGGCCCUCAUCACGACGCCCGAUGCGUCUCUACUUAUGGACUGGCCGACGAUCGUGCUGCGCCGUGCGCCAGCGUUGGCAUCGACCCCGGCGAAUCUGUCUGCGCUCUUGCCGCUACAGCCGUCGCUCUCGGCGGUGGCAGUCGCGGGCACCGAUCUCGUCUACCUCGGGCCGCUCGUGGCCAUGAUCACUGCAAUGACAGUCGAGUUUCGCCCUGCCCAGACGAUUGAUCAUGCAUGGACGCACUGGGUACGCGACUUUGGCCGCCGCUGCCCGCGCCUUCGCGAGCUGCACGUCCUCGCCGCUGUCCAUGCCGCCCAGGUGCAACCGCUUCUGGAUCUUCUCACCCAUCCUUCGCUGCGGCUCUUGGCGCUGCAAAGAGUAUCGCUGAAGGGAGCGCGCAUGGAGAAGCUUCUUGCGUGGCUUGAGCGGGGCAGCGCGCGGGGACUGCGCCUCGACGACGUGCCAUUUGGCGAGACGGAUGCACUUGCGCUCUGCGACGCCUUGAGUACAUGCGUCUCGCUGGUCGAGCUUCGUGUGAGCCACACCGAGUCGCUCUCGGAGCGUCUCUUGGACGGCCGAUCGUUGCCGCCCAACCUCCGCGUCUUCGUGUGGGGCAUGUACUGCCCAACGCCCGCACCGCGCCUCACUGCGCUACACCACACCUCCCAGCUGCGCACGCUCGACUUGUCGGGCAACCAUUCGCUCUUCUCGAACGCGAUCGCUGAGCUCUUGCCACAUUUACCGCACCUGCAAACGCUCAACGUGUCUAAAGGCAAGUUCGCACCAGGCGACGUGGUGCAGUUGCUCACUGCCAUGAGUCAGCGACCGUCGCUGCAACACGUUUUGAUGCGGCAGUGCAAUCUACCUCGAACGGCCCUUCCUUUACUUGUUGCGUGCAUCCCGGCAUGGCCAUCGCUUCGACGCCUCGACCUCGCUGGUCUGUACCUUCCUCCACAAGUGUUCCGCGCGAUGGUGACGGCGCUGGUCGCGUGCUCUAAUUUUGCGUUUUUGAGUCUGCGCUUCCCGCCGUUCACGGAUGCAAUGUGGCGUGCGAUUGCUCCAGCGCUCGGCGCAGGUCUCUUGAAGUGGCGGCGCGUUCUCUUUAGCGAGUGCGAUCCCACCGCCGUCCAAGUCGUGCAGUGCCUCCGCCGUCUUCUGGAGCACAACCAACAAGCGUUUACGGUGACCUGCGACAAAGGCUACUUGGCAGCUGCGCUGCAGAAUACGUAUACUGCGCUGCUCGACGAGCUCGACAUUUUGCCACCGACACGCGAGGCAGCUCCCUGCGUCGUUGCUUUUGUGCAGCUUGAGUAACGAGUCGACACCAAGCGACGAAUCGACACGCCCAUGCGAGCCAAGCAAUCCGACAAUAAUGUAACACAAAAACAGUCCAAUAUAUAUUCAUUCCUAC